CCUCUGUACUCGUUCAAGGUAGCCGGAGAAGAUUGCGCUGAAGAAUCCAUCUUUUAUCAAAAACCACCUGAGACUUCUUUCCUGCUCAAUCUCUUACUUGGACAGUGGGAGAAUCGGAUGAAUCGAGGUCUAUUUCGCUACGAUGUAACUACAUGCAAGACAAAGGUUAUUCCUGGCGGCUAUAGUUUCAUUGUGCAGCUGAACGAGGGGCGCCACCUCAAAAAACGCCCGACUGAGUUCCGAGUAGAUCAAGUUCUCCAGGAUUUCGAUGAGAAGAAGUUCAAUUUCACCAAAGUGGGCCAAGAGGAAGUGCUUUUUAUGUUUGAACAAAGUGAUGACUGCUACAGUCACUUCUUCCCCAGUGCACCCGCCAUUUUCAAGCCUACUUCUCCUAAUGUUGUAGCUAUCAACGUAAGUCCGUUGCUUCCUUAACACUAAACGUUAUGCAUGGCUUCAUUGAUGUCCACUGGCUGCUGAUGAAUAAGGUGGUUAAACUUCUGCAAGUCAGCCCCAUUGAGUAUGGGCACGUUCUCCUUAUAGCCCGUGUUCUCGACUGCUUGCCUCAGAGGAUUGACCACAUGAGCUUCUUUCUGGCUCUGUCUUUGGCCAAAGAAGCAGCAGAUCGUUUCUCCAGAAUGGGUUACAACAGUCUAGGAACAUUCGCCACCAUUAACCAUCUUCACUUUCAGGCGUAUUAUUUGGCUUCUCCAUUCCCGGUCGAAAAGGUUCCUACUCUGAGAGUAAUGACUUCCACGAGCAUGCAGAGAUAUGGAGUAGUUGUUUCGCAACUCUUGAAAUUCCCAGUCCGUUCACUUGUGUUUGAGGGUGGAGAUACUUUAUGGGAUCUGUCCAGUGCAGUUGCUAAUUCCUGCAUACUCCUUCAGCACAACAACAUCCGCUUCAAUAUACUGAUCGCCGAUUGCGGCAAAAGAGUGUUUCUAUUUCCACAGUGUUAUGCAGAGAAGCAAGCUCGGGGAGAAGUGAGCCAAGAACUUUUGGAAACUCAAGUAAAUCCUGCCGUCUGGGAGAUUGGCGGACACAUAGUGCUGAAGAGACGCGAGGACUUUGAAAAAGCUUCGAGGAUUGUUGCGCAGCAAAGUGGGGUCGGGCUGCUGGCGUUGGCGGCGGCGUUCGGCGGGGCAGCAGACCGGCGGUGCGUGCUCCUGUGGCGUCGGGCAUCAACAAAAGACGAAACUGAAGGGGCGUCGCAGGCUUCGAGUUGCAGGAGUCUCAGAGCAGAUCUGCUGGGCACCGGAGUAGGACCUGCUGUCGUCGGAGGCCAUGAGCAGCGAGCGAGGAAGGCUGGUGUUGCAGGGGCUAUAGCGGCGAAGGAGCAGGGAUGUCGCGGCUUCAAAGCUCGGAGGCACUCAAGCUUGGCCGCAACAUGCAGGGUGACGAUGGCAGGGCGGUGUUCGUGGGUGAAUAAGCGAGACAAGGCACGGUGGUGA